AUUACUGAAACUGUAUAGCAUGGCUGAGUAUUGAAAAUUCAUACAAUAUUUCUAAUGUAUAUAGUCAAAAGGCACAAAUAUAAUCUAGUCUUAAGCAAGGUCGCUGGUGCCUGAGCCUUUCUUUGGAUUACUACAGGUUUUACCCUCAUGGUGAACCAGGGUCGUGUAUCCGUUUGUGUAAUUGGACUGUGUGUUACUACCAUUGUUGUCCUAUUCAUUUCUGCGAGGAAAGCGUUCUUCGAUCAAGAGGAAAAUGGCUGUGAAAUGACCUACAUGUUUGAAUAUCCUGAAUAUAUAAGGGUCAAACUUAAGAAACAGAUUUCAGAAAAGUAUCCAAGAUAUGGUCUUUACUUAUAUGGCGAAGGUUCAUACGCGCAGGAACAAAAAAGGGUUUUCGAACCAAAAGGAAUACCAGUCUUAUUUAUCCCUGGCAAUGCUGGAAGCUACCGGCAAGUGAGAUCGCUCGCAUCAAUUGCCUUGCGUAAAGCUGAACGCCUUGCACAUCAUUUUAAUUAUUUCACGGUUGAUUUUGACGAAGAUUUUAGUGGAUUGUUUGGGGGUGUGUUAAUGGAUCAGGUGAAUUUCGUCCACAGUUGUCUGAGACAUAUUAUUAGAGAAUACAAAGGAAAUAAAUCCGGUCCUGAAUCUGUGAUUUUGAUUGGCCAUUCCAUGGGAGGAAUGAUCGCACGAGCUUUAUUCACAUUAGAAAAUUUCAAUUCAAAAUUUGUAUCUAUUAUCAUUACUCUGGGAACACCACAGACUACCCCUGUCAUACCAUUUGAUAAGCACCUAGGUUUGUUUUAUACUACUGUGAAUAAACUAUGGAAAAAUAAUCCUAAAUUUGCAAACAUGAGCGUGAUAUCACUAGCAGGUGGUGCUAGGGACAUUUUGGUUCCGGCGAGACAUUGUUUAUCUCCUCAUAAUGUGCAUAUGAAUUUACAAUACAGUGCAGUCACAACGUCCAUACCUAAUGUGUGGAUCACUAUUGACCAUCAGGCUCUGUGCUGGUGUAAACAACUUAUUUUGGUUAUAAAUCGGGCAUUGUUCGCGUUAAUUGACGAAAAACACUCUAGGAUCGCUACAGAUAGGAAAAAGCAAGUACGGGUUUUGCGAAAAUAUUUUGGAAUUUUUGAUAAAAAUGAAGAAAUCUUGCCGCAAAGCGAACUCCAGACUUCCCUAAAAACAACCUACAAUGCGACAGGGCUGUGGAACAGUUUUGAACAUAUACCUUUACCUGGAACAUUUCUGAUUCCAAUUGAGACAAGUAGCAAUGAUGGACAAUUCAUUGCAUUGUCGAACUCUCCGGGAGAUAUUUCUAUGACCAGUUGUCAAAAUGAAGAAGUUGAAAGAUGUUCUGCAGGAGAAAUGAUCUCCUUUCAAGCAUUACCAAAAGCGUCGAGCGCUAAACCAGGAUUUUUCCAUCUUCCGAACCUCAUGAAUAUAUCAUCCAUAAGAGUGACGUCUUCCCAAGAUAAGGCAAACUUAGCUGCGCAGUUCCUACCGCGGUCUCAUACUAACAAACUGUUUAAUGAGUUUGGAGUAUUCUCAGGCGUGCAGAGAUUUUGGUCGCCGACGUAUUUGUUUCUGAACAUAUCUCUGCCAAUGAUUAGAAACUGUUUUGAUGUCUACCUAAUAACUGUGAAGAAAAUCAGCUGCAAAGGUAACGGCGACGGUUUACUGGCGGGACGAAUUCAUUCGCCUUGGUCCAUCGAAGAUGUUUACGCCAGACCAGAAGAAACUACGGAAUUCAGUAUUCUUCUUAAAAUUCAGGUACCGCAAACGACAACAAUUUUGAAAUCUUCUCAGCUUCACAUUUGGAAAACAGAUGAAUGUUCUCUUGAAGUCACCGUGGAGUAUCAAUUCUUUCAAACAUUCGGCAGAAUUCUUGUCAUGUAUGCGCCACUUAUUAUACAGUGGAUCUAUUCCUGGAUAAUGAUUAUUUUUAUUAUUCAACUCAGGCAAGUGUCAAGAGAUGGCGCUAUCCUGUCAGUUUUGUCGACCAUUACCUCUGAUUCGUUUUCUUUAUUCAUUCCUCUCAUCAUUUCACUCUUCAAUGAAUUGUUCAUGAAGUCUUUAAUAAGAAGCCUUGGUUGGUCUGGAACUAUCUGUCAGGGGUGUGUGAUUGAUGGUCCUGUGUUGUAUGAUUGGUUAUUACCCUCUUGUUUUGUAAUUCUGGCGGCCUUCGCAAUAUUUCUUACUACUUACCUUCUCCUCGAAAUUAUCUUGUCAUUUUCGGCAUGGUUAUUUACAUUAUGCUUAUCAAAAAUUUUCCAACUAUACACUCGGACUAGUACUCCUAUUAAGUUAGCGUUAUAUGCCUGCUUUGGUUUAGUACUGUUCUGCUUCGUAUGUUUAUGCAGCUCUAUUGCGAUGUACUUUCUAAUGGUAGUUAGUUUUGUUCAUUGUUUCAAAACGACUGUCAAAUCUAGGGCUCUUAUUCCAACAGGUGGCAUGGAGAACUUACUAGCGAGCACGUUGAAUUCAAGCAAGCUGGUUUUAGUCUUAUUGCUGCUUAUUUCGUUACAAACAAUGCCAUCUUUUCUGGUUUGGCUCAAAGUACUGCGAACAUCGUGGUUUCUUCCAUCGGAUCCUUUCCGUAUUAUUGUUAUCAUGUUAAUCCCAACUGUAGUCUGUUGUCUUGAGAUGAAUAUUCGCAAGCCUUCCAGAUAUGUUUGGUGUAUUGUCUUGGGAAUAUGGUACGUUGGUUUUCUGCUUUUUUCCUUGGCUGCAUUGCCGUUUAUAGCCGCUUGUAUCCUAUUAGCUGUGGAUUUCUUUAUUUUCGAGAAACAUAGCAAAAAUAAGAAAAACUGACUCAAACUGAAAUUUGAGUACCAUGAAUAUAGCGAGGAAUGGUGGUGAUUCGAGGUGAAAGGACUUGAUGUAUAGUGCCGAAAAUAGUGCGUGCUAAAAAGAAAAAUGCCAGUAGCUAAUUACCACACAAGAGAGUGAAAAGAAACGUGCUGAGAAUCGCUUGACAGAUAACUUAUAGAAUCAUUAACCUAUAGAUAUUACUAAUGUUAUAUUGACCAGAAUUCAUUACAAUUUAAACAUGUCUAAUAUACACUUUAUUUCUACUGAGUACUGUAUUUUCGACCGUCUUGCUUAAUAUUUUUAUACACUCUGUU